UCCUCUCCCCUCUCUCCUCCUCCCCUCUCUCAGCCCCCAGAGCGUCACCGAGCUCCAGACUUUAAAAUGUGCCAUGGUGACACUGAGACUGAGAGGAGAGACAAGGGAGACUCACAGAGCAGGAAGAGAGAGAGAGACAGAGAGACAGAGACAGAGACAGAGACAGAGAGAGAGAGAGAGAGAGACAGGGAGGAAGAGUGAGAGAGCGAGUCAGAGUGAGAGAGCGACAGAGUGAGAGAGCGAGGCAGAGUGAGAGAGCGACAGAGAGAGCGACAGAGUGAGAGAGAGAGGCAGAGUGAGAGAGCGACAGAGUGAGAGAGAGAGGCAGAGUGAGAGAGCGACAGAGAGAGUGAGGCAGAGUGAGAGAGCGACAGAGUGAGAGAGCGACAGAGAGAGAGAGAGGCAGAGUGAGAGAGCGACAGAGUGAGAGAGCGACAGAGAGAGAGAGAGGCAGAGUGAGAGAGCGACAGAGAGAGAGAGAGAGAGAGUGAGAGAGAGAGGCAGAGUGAGAGAGCGACAGAGUGAGAGAGAGAGGCAGAGUGAGAGAGCGACAGAGAGAGCGAGGCAGGGAGGGAGACACGCACGCAGCCCCCCGGGCGCUGUGGGGAUGGUCCGCUCGGUGUUCACUCAGAGCUCGUUGUACGGGCUGCUGGUGCUGCUGGGCGUGGUGGGGAACGUGCUGGUGGCGGGGAUCCUGUCCUGGGGGUUCCUGCAGCAGAGAUCCAUCGAGCAGUCUGACUUCAUCCUGCUCAACAUGGCGCUGUCCAACCUGCUUGUCUCGUUCUUUAGAAACAUCCUGCUGUUCCUCUCAGGCCUGGGCAUGGAGGCGUUCCUGUCUCAGGGCUGGUGUAAGAUCUUCAUGUGUUUGUGGGUGUGGUUCCGCUCUGUCAAUGUCUGGAUGACGUUCUGUCUCAGCGCGUUUCAUUUCGCUGUGAUUCGCCGGAACAAACCCGCCCCCUCCGCAGGCCUCGCCCCCGGCCAUGCCUCCCAGGAGCUGCGGCGCCUCCUAUUGGUCAUCGGGCUGGUCUGGGUCGUCAACCUGAUCUACUCCCUGCCGCUGUUAAUGUUCUCCACCAGGGGGAGCCUGAACAGCACUGAGACCCUCAUGGUGAUCAGUAGCACCACACGCCCUCUGCUGGGCUGCGUGUGGAAUUUCCCCUCUCGGUACAGCGGGCUGGCUUUUGCCACAGUGUCCCUGGUGGUGCACGAAGCUCUGCCCAUCAUACUGAUGCUGGGCACUAACCUGGCCACGCUGUACCGACUGGGCAUGCACGGGCGCAGCGUGGGCGCCGUCCAGGAGAGCCUGCCCAGGAGGGUGCCAGCCGAGCGCAAGGCAGCCAAGGUGAUCCUGCUCUUGAUUGUCCUGUUCAUCGUUCCCUGGGGAACCAGCCUGGUCUCACUGAAUUAUUACAACUACAACCGAGGCCCGUCCGGGGAGUACCUGGUGGUCAUCGCGACAUUCUCCAACUCCCUCUUCAUCGCGCUUAGCCCCCUGGUGCUGGCGGCCGGGCACAGCAAGCUGAGGAGCAAGCUGAAGCACCUCCUGAAGAGAGGGGGUCCGGGGAGGGGCACAGCAAGCUGA